UUGUUAUUUUGCUUAUCGUAUAUUUUGUACGAAUACUGCGUGUUUUACAAUUAAUUAUUGAUCUCAAGUAGGAAUUGUGCGAGAAAAGUGGAUACACGUUCAUAAAAUGGCGGCCUGAUACAUUACGGGUAUAGGGUUUAUUGAAUACAAUACAUUUUGAGUUUCUAUUCUAAUAUUUCGAUAAGUAAGCGAUUUUUAUUAAAAGUAUUAAUUACGUGGGCCCAUAUUCUAAAUCGAUAAAAAGUAUAAUACAGUUUAUAUAGUUAUACGUUUUUGUAACCUGUAAAAACUGGCGAUAAAAACAACAAGUACUUCUCAAUACAUUUGAUUCCCCUGCGGAUUUGUGAAUCGUUUGCUGACCAGCAAUCCCAUAGUUACCAGUAACUAGAGUACAGACGAGGAGACAGCUUCCCGAGUUUCGGGAAGUCACCAAAGUGGAGCCCGAAAGUACAACCAUUGACCUAGAGAGCCUGGUGGGGGACGAUAUCCCGGGGGACGAUAUCCCGGGGGACGAAAUCCCGGGCGACAGCAUCCCGGGCGACGGAAUCCCCGGCGAAAUUCCGGCUGACAACAUACCGGACGACGAUAUCCCCGAGGACGACCUCCCCGACGACGACAUUCCGGCUGACAACAUACCGGACGACGAUAUCCCCGAGGACGAUAUCCCGGACGACAACAUUCCGGAGGACGAGAUUCCGGACGACGACCUCCCGGACGACGAUAUCCCCGCCGACGAAGACAUCCCGGACGACGAUUUACCGGACGACGAUAUCCCCGCAGACGAGGAUAUCUCUGCCGAUCCUGAACCCGCCGAGGUCAGCGAUACGGAGGAGACUGAGGCGGCCGAGCCAACCCUGAAUGCCCAGGCCGACACCACCGCGCCAGACGCCCUCGAUACGCCCGACACCACCAUGUCGCUGCCCCUGCCCCCACCCCUAGAGAAGAAACCAGAGGAUAAGGAUGCAGAGAGCAAGCAAACCAUCAUCCAGACGUACUUAAAUCAAGCAGCAACUACCACCGUUAUUGCACUGAACGACGCCGAGGAAGAGGCGGACGCUAGCGGCGUCACCUACUUCGUUGACGAAGAAGGCAGGUACUACUACCAACCUGCCGGCGUCAACCAGAACCUCGUGUCGUUGUCCACCACCACUGUCAACGAUGAGGCCGAGCCCGUUGGCGAGGAGAACACCGAGAGUUACCAAACCGUGACCCUGGUCCCCUCGGAGUCCAGCAACGGCGAGGUCAGCUACGUGCUGGUCGUGCAGGAGGAGACCAAGCCCGUGGUCAACGUUACCAUGGAUGUUGACGUCGAGCCGGUGAACGAAGAUCCCAAGGCCAACGAUGACGUCUAUAACUUCGAUGAGGAAGAGGAACCGGGUGAAGAUGCAUCUGAAGAGGAAGCCGAAGCGAAGGGCUCCAAGAACAACAAGGCUCGCACCAAGAACGCCAAGCCCAAGUACACGUGCAACUUCUGCACCUACACUAGUCACCGACGCUACCUGCUGUACCGCCACCUGAAGACCCACUCGGAGGACCGGCCUCACCAGUGCAAGGUGUGCGAGCGCGGCUUCAAGACCGUCGCCUCGCUUCAGAACCAUCUCAACAUGCACAACGGCAUCAAGCCGCACGUCUGCAAGUACUGCAGCAGCCCCUUCACUACGUCCGGCGAGCUGGUCCGCCACGUCCGCUACAAGCACACCCACGAGAAGCCGCACAAGUGCACGGAGUGCGACUACGCCUCCGUCGAGCUGUCCAAGCUGCGGCGCCACGUGCGCUGCCACACCGGCGAGAGGCCCUACCAGUGCCCUCACUGCACGUACGCCUCGCCCGAUACGUUCAAGCUGAAGCGCCACCUGCGCACGCACACCGGCGAGAAGCCCUACAAGUGCGAACACUGCGGCAUGCGCUUCACGCAGAGCAACUCGCUCAAGGCGCACAAGCUGAUACAUAACGUCGCCGAGAAGCCGGUGUACGCUUGCGAGCUCUGCCCCGCCAAGUGCGGCCGCAAGACCGACCUGCGGAUACACGUGCAGAAGCUGCACACCUCGGACAAGCCGCUCAAGUGUCGCCGCUGCGGCAAGGCCUUCCCCGACCGGUACUCGUGCAAGGUGCACAAUAAGACCCACGAGGGCGAGAAAUGCUUCAAGUGCGAGCUGUGCCCGUACGCGUCGACCACGAUGCGUCACCUCAAGACUCAUCUGCUGAAACACACCGAUGAGAAACCCUUCGCCUGCGAUCUCUGCGAUCAGUCCUUCAGGCAGAAGCAGCUGCUCCGUCGCCACCAGAACCUGUACCACAACCCGAACUACGUUCCCAAGCCUCCCAAGGAGAAGUCUCACACUUGCCACGAGUGCAACCGCAUGUUCGCCCACAAGGGCAACCUGAUCCGCCACCUUGCGGUCCACGACCCCGAGUCGGGCCACCAGGAGAGGGCGCUGGCCCUCAAGAUCGGUCGCCAGACCAAGGUCAAGUUCAUCGACGGAGAGAUCAUGAAGGACAUGCGCGGUCCCCAGAGCCCCAACGACGGCACCAACCUGAUGAAGAUCGAGCUCGGCAACAAGGAGCUGAAGCGCGGCGAGCUGGUCACCGUGGCCGACGGCGACGGCCAGCAGUACGUCGUGCUCGAGGUCAUUCAGCUGGAGGACGGGACCGAACAGCAGGUCGCCGUCGUCGCACCCGAGUUUAUCGACCCCGAAGAUGAGGGUGAGGAAGAAGAUCUAGAAGACGAGGAGGAGGAUGAGAUGGAGGAGAGGAAGUACCGCGUGAAGGAGACCGAGGCCGAGCGCAGCAUCAAGCUCGAGAAGGAGGUCGACACCUGCUUCGGAUUCGACGUGAGUAACGAACACUUGUCUAUAACUGUGCAUACUGUAAAACUGUUUGGAAACCCCCCCCCCCGCGAUACAAGAAUUAAAUCCCUUACUGCGGGAGUCGUUUUUUUAAAAAGAAGAACUAGCGUUCUGUCAUUUGUGGUGUAGGCUUCACCCCGUGUGAAGCCUAGCCUGUGCAAUGCUAAUAUACACUACUGUCCGAUUUUUAAU